UUUCAGCUCUUGAAGCUAACGCAUUGGCUGGGCUACAGGCGUCUUGUUGCCAAAUAGGUGGGCCCUACUAGUGUUGGCAAAGGCUCAGGCAAUGGUUAGAGAAAGAACGCGGCGUGCGAGAGAGAGCGAGCGAGGGUGCGCGCGAGAGAGAGAGAGUUGGAGAGAAAGGCAGGAAAAAAGAAGCAGCACUUGGGUUUGCCAGCGGUCGUACGCGCUCGUCCAACAUUGAUUCGGUUCUCUCUUUUUUCCCCCCCAUAUUCUGCGCUUAGCUUUCGCCAGCCCCCCCCCUCCACCCCCUACCCUGUGCCUGUGUGUGUACGUAUGUGUGAGUGUGUGUGUAUGUGUGUGUGUGCGUCUCUCUCUCUCUGCAAGCCUUAUACAGGACUCAGAGAUCUAAAGCAAACACCAGUACCAAUUACGCUUUGCCAAGGAUUUUUUUAGCUUCGUUGAUUUUUUUUUUUAGUUUUGGAAAAGGUGCAAAAGAAGUGUGUUUAUUUUCAGCGCCGCGAUUCCACUCAAUUUUUUUUUCGUCUUCCUUUUUUAGGGGGGCGCAGAUACUACCUUCGUAAUUUUUUCACUUUACAAAUCCUCCUGCUUUCCAUUUUGAAAUUUGGUCUGUCUUUACCUUGAUUUUUUUCCUGCACUCCUUUUCAGCAUAUCCUGAGGAUGCACUCCUAUUUUUUCUUUUUCUCAAAAAGUGUUUGACUUUUUUCUGAACUGAUAGCCGGACUCUUUUUGUAUGUCCACUCUGUGCUAUUUUUGAGUCUUCUUCUCAGAUUUUAUUUUCUGUCAUUUUUGCUCUUGAGCCAGAAUUGCAUUUUUUUGUCAAAACACCAGAGACAGCGACAGAGAACUUGUGUGGGAGAUUCCUGUUCGGUUUUGAACGGCGUGCCAAAUUUAGGAUGAGAGUGCAAAAUGGAUGAAUUCCAUCCCUUCAUCGAGGCCCUGCUGCCCCACGUCCGCGCCUUCUCCUACACCUGGUUCAACCUGCAGGCCCGCAAACGCAAGUACUUCAAGAAGCACGAGAAACGCAUGUCCAAGGAUGAGGAGCGCGCAGUGAAGGACGAACUGCUCGGCGAAAAGCCGGAGAUCAAGCAGAAGUGGGCCUCGCGCCUGCUGGCCAAGCUCCGCAAGGACAUCAGGCCGGAGUUCCGCGAGGACUUUGUGCUGACCAUCACGGGCAAGAAGCCGCCGUGCUGUGUCCUCUCCAACCCCGACCAGAAGGGCAAGAUCCGCCGCAUCGACUGCCUGCGGCAGGCCGACAAGGUAUGGCGCCUGGACCUGGUGAUGGUGAUCCUGUUCAAGGGCUCGCCGCUGGAGAGCACGGACGGCGAGCGACUGGUCAAGUCGCCGCAGUGCUCCAACCACGGACUGUGUGUCCAGCCACACCACAUCGGCGUCUCCGUCAAAGAGUUGGACCUGUAUCUGGCCUACUUCGUCCACACGCCAGCAGAGUCCCAGCAAUCUGACAAUUCCAACCAGCAGGGAGACGCAGAUAUCAAGCCUCCGCCCAAUGGGCAUCUGAGUUUCCAGGACUGCUUUGUGACUUCGGGAGUGUGGAACGUGGCCGAGCUGGUCCGCGUCUCUCAGACUCCGGUUGCCACAGCGACUGGACCCAACUUCUCUUUGGCCGAUCUGGAAAGCCCCGGCUACUACAACAUCAACCAGGUGACCCUGGGCCGGCGAUCCAUCACCUCCACCCCCUCCACCAGGACUGAGAUGGAGCUUUAUGCAAGUCUCCCUCGGAGCUCUAACAAGCGCAAGUCCAUUGAUGACAGUGAGAUGGAGAGCCCGGUGGAUGAUGUCUUCUACACGACUGGACGCUCUCCUGCACCUGGUGGCAGCUCCCAGCCCAGCGGCUGGCCCAACGACGUGGAUGCAGUGCAGCACCAUUUGGCGAGUAUGCAGGAGAGGAAGAUUAAGCAUGAGAACGAUGCCGUGCAGUUUCCUUACCAUGAUGGAGAUGAAAGACAAAUGCCCUUUUACAAAUAUUUAGGACUCUCCUCGCCUGGUUCUCUAAAGAAGCCGGGGAAAUUCGAUUUCAGCGCCCUGUCGCCCCAGACGAGGCCUCCCCGCAUGACCUUCACCCACAACCCGCUGCACAUGCUGGCGGGCGUGAGACCAGGAAGCCCCCGUGCCUCUGCCUCCUCCCUGCACUUCCCCUCUCCCUCCAUCAUCCAGCAGUCCAGCCCGUACUUCACCCACCCCACCAUCCGCUACCACCACCACCCGGGCCAGGACCCGCUCAAGGAGUUUGUGCAGUUCGUAUGCGCUGACGGAUCAGGGCAGGCCGGAGGCCAGCCAAACGGGAGCGGCCAGAGCAAAAUGCCGGGCUCCUUCUUGCUGCCUCCACCCCCCCCGGUGGCCCGCCCAGUGCCCCUUCCCAUGCCCGACUCUAAACCCAGCAGCACGCCCCCUGACGGCGGACUCACCUCGCCCACAUCUCCGUCAUACUCCACGCCAGGCUCCACAGCUCCCAACAGGUUUGUCAGCAUCGGAUCACGGGACAACAACUUUCUAAACAUCCCCCAGCAGACGCAGUCUUGGUUCCUCUGACAAGACCUGCCAGUUAAUAAGCAACUAGAAUUCAACUAGAAGCCUGUCAUUAUAUUUGGGAAAUUUCAAACAGAAAACAAACAAACAAAUAUACACAACAAACAAAAAGUGUAAUUGUGAAAAAUAAUAUGCCAGCAGAACAUGCCCUCUUAUCCCUCCUCUGACCCCUCAUACCAGAAACCUUAAAACGAGGCCAAUCAGAUCUGAUCAGGAACUCUCAGCCCGUUUGUACUGGGACUCUCCCCACCCCCACCCCUGACAGACCCCGCAACCAUCAAAAUAAAUAACAACAAAAACAAGCAAAAAAGAAACAUACUCAGACAAAAAAGACCCAGCGCCUCUGCCCCAAUUCAGAAGAAAAGAGGAUCCCCAAUCCAACCCAUAUGAUCACAAAUGAGUUUUUAACAAUGGAGGACAUCCCGUCAGCUCUCCGAACGACCACUCAACAGCAGAGCAGCAGCAACACAGCCGACGACGACAUAACACGAGGAGCAGGAGAGGAGAUAUGGGUUUUUUGUACAAGGACGCAUUGUGCACUGGCUGGGGAGAUCAACAGUUCAAUGGUGAAACACGAGAGGUGAAAGAAGAAAAAAUAUUCUGAGAAAAAAAUGUAAACAACACAAUGCAUGUUUUUUUUAAAAGAUUUGAAAAAGGACAUGCAAUUCUAUUUUCCCAGCCACAAAACACACUGACAGUAAGUUGACUGCACAACCCCCCACCCACACACACACACACACACACACACACAUCACAUAUACAUACACACACACACAUGCACACACACACACACACACACACACACACAUGCACAAACAUACAACACACUUACACACUUGUCAAGGCGGUAGCACCCCUUUAGCAUGGUGUGUAGUCAGCUACUCUAUCCCUGUUCCUCCUACUGAUACAGCCAAGCUGUUAUAGACCCAGCUGUUAGACCCAUGUUCCUGUGUGACCAUUUCCAGUCAAAGAAAUACAAUCCAAUCUGAAAGCUCACACACAAAAAAUUGCACUACAAAUUGCAACACUAAUCUCUUGUGCACUAGUGAAUGUGGGAUGGUGAAGAAAGAUGUUUGCACAUUGUUAUGAAGCAUGAACAGGAAAAAAUGUGGACAUGAUACUUAUCUUUUGAAACAUGUCCAGCAUUUUAGGGGCAUUUUCUACAAGAGGAGUAGAUGGAAGCCAGGGUAUGGCCUCUUUACACACACACACACAAACACACACACACACACACAUACACACACAAUGUGAUUUAAAUUGAGCUGAUCGAAAAAAAAAAUUAAAACAGGGUAAGGAAAAUGUCAAAGAAUGCUUGGUACCAAGAACAUGAACAUUUUCUAGAAGCAGGUGCUGCAUAUUAAGAAAAAAGCAUGGUCUAUUCAAACAUGGCAAAGCGUUGGAAACAAUUUCUAAUUGUUUUUUAAUUCUAACUAUUGAAUACAUCUCCCCUGCGCCAUUACUCUCAGAGGGAUAAAUGCCAACUCUGUGAUGACCGAUACAUACACACAUACACACGCACAUUGUGUACUUGCACCCAUCAUCCAGUCACUGACACAUCGUUGGCCAGCACUUCUUGGGCUUAGUGUGAGAUGGCAAUACAGCUAGUGUUUUAAAAUCAGCCUCCCCUCAAAGUUGCCCGUAUUCUUGAGGGAAUAGACGUUGUCGACCCCACACAAUGGCCGCAGUUUUUAAAAGAGCGUAGGCACGUUCAGACAGGGUAAAAAAACGGGCCCCCGCUACUCCUCUGGGCCCUGCCCAGCUCCCGAGCCUCUCGGCCGUGUUAAGUUUACCCCCCAGUUGUUUACACUCCCAGAUGGCCUCUUUCCGCGCUCCAAGAGCGGAGGCCGCACUGCGGAGCAAAAAGCAUGUGUGACGUGUCAGUAGCUGCAGUAGCUGUGCUCCGAGGCUCGUGGAGACGGGAGAGCUGGAGGAAGAGGCCCGACGCCAUCACACCAUCCUGACAAACCUCCCCUCGCAUUCAGCACCGAGAGGCUACAAGGUUCGUCCUGAGUAGAGUAUGCCCUCCCCACAACACUCACUCACUUACACACACACACACACACACACACACACACACACAGACACACACACACACUCACACGUGUAUAACUACGACCGCACCACGCAGCAUGCCUGUAACCACCCCCACUAGAUUUGACUAUAAAGGGAAGCCUUGACUUAAGGGCAAUCUGAGAAUAUGCCUUUAGAUUUCCAUUUGUUUAACGAAACUGUCAUCCAUGAUCCGCAAUGAGUUUUGUCUAUUCUUUUUUUAUUAUUUGGUUUGUUUCCUUUUGUUUGAAACACAACACAAAAUCGUAGACCUCACAAAAUAACUGGACUGCCGGCCCAUGUGCAUGUUUCACUGCAGGGGAAGCUUGGUUGCCAUGCAGUAGCCAUUCCAUCAGCUUCACCGAGAGCAGAAUUACCAUGGCAACGGUGUUUUCUUUUUCUAAUCUAUGGAAGUGCCUCAGAGUUUCCAUUAUGCAAUUUGUUACGACAUGAAUUCAGGUUGUUUUUCUCACAUAUAAGCUAUAAGGUGAUAGAAUUUUAUGUCUGGAUGAAAAAAAAAUGAUUAAGAAACAAUAACAGCUCAUGACAAAAAGAAUGACAAGCGUCUUUAUAUAUACACACAAUAUAUCCAUAUAUAUUUAUAUAUGCAUUUUCUUUUUCUUUGCGAGAUAAGCUCAGUGGCAGUCUAGUUAUUUUUUGAAGUAUUGGCAUUGCCGUGUCACAUCUUCAUAUUCACAUAUUUCUCCACAAAGUACCAGGCCCUUCUUACCAUCAUUCACCAGUAAAUUGAGAACAGAAAAAGUCCAUAGUCAAUUCAAUGGAAAUGUUACUUUCAACAGAAAAAAGACAUGCUCAGAAGUAUUGAGGGAAUAAGAAGAGGUGAAAAAGAUAAAGCUUUUUAAUUUUUGUUUUCAGUUGUGUUUGGAUGGGAAUUAUUGUUGAAAAAUGAUAAUAAUGUAUGUUGAUUGAGCCAUGUGCAAUGCCUUGAGUAGAACAAGCGUGUUUGCCUGUUAGAUUGUUAGAGGGUGUGACCUGUCAGGAGGGGUUCAAAAAAAGACCUUCUAUUCUAGUUUCCAGUCCUCCAGCUCCGGGACUCUAAAUGAAAGGGCUGAGAGAAAAAAAAAAGAAAAAAAUCAGUCUUUGUAAGUUUUGGGAAACUUUUUUUUUUUAAUCUUUCUUUUCUUGGCUUUUUAAUGUUUAUUUGUAAUGAUUUGUUCUCAAUACUUGGGAGGGCUGAAGGAACAGUUUUUUUCAACACAACAAAAAUAUCUAUAUCAUAUAAAUGAAAACUGGUGCUUUUAUGAAAUAAAGUACAUUCAAUUUCUAUCAUACAUAAAUAAUAAUAAACAAAAAAUAAGUGUUACCAUAAAGCAAAAUUCUAGAUAAAAAAACAUGCAUUAUUCUAUUUCUCUCUUUUUUGUAUUUACUAAGGGGGGGGGAAGGGGUUCAUUGUUGUCGAGGUUGUGACAAAAGGCAUUUUUCUUCCAACCUUUACUCGUAUAAGGUCGAAGAAAUCAUCAGGGAGACUAGAGGAGCAUGCAGUGCAGACAGAUGCGGAACAUUUCACUUUGAUGGACUAGCAAUCAGCCACAUAUUGGACAGCUCAUAAAUUGACUGAUCAUUACCAGAAAGGUAAUCUGUCUAUGCAUUUUUUCCAGUCAGAUGGACUUGAGUGCAGGCCUAUGGUGGUGCAAUAUCACAGGAGCAGUGUGUAAGCACACCGCUUAGUAUACAGUACAGUUUAGGAGUCCUCAGCACCCUACCUUCCAAGAACAGACCCCUGUUUUCAAGGGCAGGGCUGUGUGUCACACAUGUACAUAUUGCUGAAUACUUCUCUCCGACAUGAAUGACAAUAUCUUCCCUCCUCUGGGAGAUGCUUCAAAUGCAGAAUCCCCUCUUUUAAAGAAGUGGGCUUUCUAAGAGCUCCCAGCCCUGAGAAUGGCGUGUUUUUUUUUCAAGAGGACUUGGAGGGAUGGGAGGUGUAAACGUGAAACUCGUUAUUUGGUAGCAUUAGUUGAGUAGUAGACUCCCAUCUCACGCCAAGGGACAGCAGCGAGGGGAACCAGCGAGAUUAUUUUGAAGCGAUGGAGAUUUUUAUUUUAGAGGUGAGCCCCAUCCCCCAACUCCCCCACUUCCCCCACUCCCGGUUUCCCCACUGUGUAAAUUACUCUGGUUAUUUGUUUCGUGGUGUAGUGUUUAGAUUCAGAGCAUCUUAAAGGUUGUCCCUAAAAAGUGCCUUUUGUUCACAGACUCCAUCUUGUAAUCCUGAGUGCCCAUCUCAACAAAAAAAAAAAUUAAAAAAGAAAAAAAAAGAAAUCCCCUCCUUCAUCCUUCUCUUGUACUCUCAUUCUUCAAGCUUUUCAAAGCAGUAUAUAUAGUACUAAAGGAAAAUUGGUGUGACUUAGUUCCUCUUUUUAUCGUUGGAUAAUUAAGAAAAUUGCAAAAAAAAAAAAAAUAUCUGUCUUGCUUUUUUCCUUCCUCUGUGUUUUGUCUUUCUGCCUCUCCUUUGGACACUGGAGUAGUCUGUAGCCGCGUAACCCUCUCCUUGCUCCCACCACUUCCCCUACCCUUCCUCUCCUGCCCUCUCCCCCUUGACCCUUUUGUCUGGACGGAGGGGGUUUAAAAAAAAUACAUAAAUAAAAUGCAAAAACUUUUGUCUGAGCAGAAUGCAGUUAGCUCACAUGUUAUUCUUGUCUGUGCGCUUCACAUUGUAUACCAUACCGAUCUCUUCAGCUUCUCCAUUCAACAGUUAAUGUAAGUGAACCAGUCACACCGCUGGGCUGUGGGGAGCUGUCCAUGCCGGGGGGCGGGCCGCGGAACGCUGGAGGGCGGCUAGCACUCUGCUCACUUCUUUUCUUUCUUCUUUUUUUUUUCAUUGUUCCAUAGCUGUCGUCGUCGUUGUUGGUGUUGUUGUUUUUGUCGGUUUUUUUUCCCUUUUGGAGUGAGAUGGUUAUUGACAUAUCAUGGGGAGGAGGAGAUGCAGGCCUAAGAGAUCUCGUGGGUGGAGAAGUAGGAGGCAGAGAGGCCACCUGGGGGCUGAUUAGGGAAGUUUGUGAUGUGUUUUUUUUUUUUUAACUAUUUAUUUUUAUUUUUGCUUUGUUUUGGUUUUUUAGUUCGUUUUUUACUGAAUUGAGGUUUUUUCGCUUUGAUCUCGUUUGUUGUCAGUGCUACUUUUUUUAGGCAGUGGAGGCUGUACUGAAAAAAAAUUUUCUCUUUUUUUUUCUUUUUGUUUGUUUGUUUUGUUUUUCUUUUGGAUGAUGCACCUUUCUAGCGGUUGAUCGAGACCAGCUGUUUUAAACAACUGAAAAAAAAGACCUGAAAUGACUAAGCACCUUAUAACGGAAGGGGUACGGGCAGGGUAGUGUGAGGCUCAGAUUUAUACUCCUGAUCUUAAUCCGUUAAUCCCAGCAUCUGACUUAUUAUUUCAAUAAUAAAAAAGACAUACAGCGUAAUGACUAAUGAAUCGAGCCAAACUGCCAAACCAAAGUGAUGUGGUCAAAGAUGCUGCAUGCCACUGAAAAACCCAGACUGUGGUUCCAACAAAGUCACAUUAUCAAUUACACCAGCAACAACAAAACCAUUUUCAGGUCAAUGAGAUAUGGCUCAGGCUCCAACGACGUCAUAUGUCUCACCAUAUUAUGCAAGAUGACAGCAGUCUUUUAUUUCUCUUAUUAACAAACCAACCCAAUAGCAGUAUUAGCCAUGACUGGAGACCACCACAGCUGACAAGCCAUAGUGACAUGCAGGCAACCCGGGAGCUUGUUUAGCUCUCCGUCCCCCUGCUUCCCCGAGCCAAAACCUCCCUGACACCUGCCCCUCCGUGCUUUGAGUUUGUUUUUUUUGUUUUUCUUUCCAUAUAUCUUGUUUUAUCUUUUUUUUCUUUCUUAGGAGUUUUUAUACGUUUGCGAAGUGUGUAGGGCAUUUGGGCCGUGUGUAGAGUAGUGUGGAGGCCCCCAGGCCCCUGCUCCCACCCAUCUCAGCCCCCCCUGCCAGCAGCAAGCCCGCUCUCCGGCCACAGCCCCCCACAGCUCUUGGUGAAAUGCAUGUGUUAAUUACAAUUUCUUUUCCAUAAUAAGGAAAAAACAGUUUGAAAAGAGCAACUGAUUGAAUAAAAGGAUGUUCUUGACUGUAA